AUGAUUCCGAUAUUAUUUGGCUUAGCAGCCAGAGUCAUAGAAACAAAGCGCGAGUCGUUCAAUUCAGCCCUUGAAAAAUCAGAUUACAAUUUAGUGCUUGUUACAUCAGUAAAUGUUCACGAUUCUAAGAAGAUUUUGAAAUAUUUCACUGCUGCAGCACAUAAAUCCGAAAAUGGAGUUGGAUUCAUCUCACUUGAUGUUUCAAAUGACAACAAGAACAUCCAAUAUUAUUCUAUUGUUGAUGCUCCUUUAAUUUUCUUGUAUUACAAAUCAGACAGAAUAGUCCAAUAUACAGAUAACUACACAGUUGAGGACAUCUACAAGUAUUCUCUUCGUGUUUUAGAAGAGCCAGUUGUUCAUUAUCCUAAAAAUGCUUUCGAAAUCUUAGAAUUCCAACAACUUGCACCAGCAAACUUAAUUAUUACUGACACAUCAUUGGUCCCACAGAUAAACCAAUACGCCAGAAUUUGCCAUUGUUUAGUUCAUUUCGCUGUUGUCGAAGAUUCCAAACUUGUUAGCGAUCUCAACCUCGACGACAUAGUAUUUACGAAACCAUACGAAGAAUUUACUACAAAUUUCGAUUCUUUGAUUUCUGUCAGAGAUUUGAUCAAAUACUCACAGCCAACAUGGAAUUUCGUAGCAAAUCAGAACCUCAUUGGCAAGCAGAGUGUCUGUGUUCUUUAUGAUAAAUCAAUUCCAUGGCAUUUCCAUAGAAUCAACGAAGUUUUCAAUCAAUCAAAAGUAGAACUCGGAAUUCCACAAAUCAGAUACUUCGCCAUUGAUUUCUUCGAUGCGCCAAAGUUUGUCCGUCAAUUUGGCGUUUUUAAGUUCUCAUAUCCUCUUUUCUUUGUUACAGGGCCAACAUUAAGCAUUUGGCAAGUCUGCGAUAACCCACUACAACCAGCCGAAGACAUAUACUACUGGAUUCGCUUCCAAUUGACAGGAAAAGGCAAACCAGAAGUUAUUUCUCGAGUUCCAAUGCUUUACGCCAACGAUUUCAUGAAAAUCGCACUUGAUGCAGGCUCUGAUUGCAUCCUUCUCGUUGCUGAUCCAGGAAUGGAGCACUACAAGGAAUGCAAGAAGAAUGCCGAAAUUAUUGCAGAAGUUUUCGCUGGAUGUGACAAUGUUCGCAUAUACGAAUUCAACCCUCGCACAGAACACGUCCUUGGCCUCCAAAUUCCUCAAAAGAAUACUCCACAAUUUUCUGUUUGGCCGGCUGUUGAUCCUUACAACGGAAAAACAUUCCAGGCCGAUUACCCUCUUAACGAGAUCUUCAAGAUUCUUCUGAAAAUCUUCAAAGCGCCAAUUAAAGACGAACAAGCCAAAGCUGCAGUCGCAUUGGCCAGACAACUCAUCCCAGGUCUCUAA